AUGUUCAGCCUGGGUUUCCACCAGUGCCGAUGGAACUACCGCGACGAGCAGGAUGUGCUGGCGGUCGACUCCGGCUUCGAGGAGCGCGACUUCCCGUACGACGUCAUCUGGCUGGACAUCGAGCACACGGACGGCAAGCGGUACUUCACCUGGGACAAGGGCCUCUUCCCGGACCCCAAGAGGAUGAUCGACAAGGUGGCGGCCCACGGUAGACGGAUGGUGACGAUCGUCGACCCGCACAUCAAGAGAGACGCAAAGUACGCCGUGCACAAGGAGGCCACCGCCAAGGGCCUCUACAUCAAGGACAAGGACGGCAACGAUUUCGACGGGUGGUGCUGGCCGGGGCAGUCUAGCUACCUCGACUUCACGGACGAGGGCGUCAGGGAGUGGUGGGCUUCCAGGUUCGCCCUAGAGGAGUACGAGGGCAGCACGCUCGACCUUUACACCUGGAAUGACAUGAACGAGCCCAGCGUCUUCAACGGCCCGGAGGUCUCCAUGAAGAAGGACUGCCUGAGCCUCGCGGGCAUCGAGCACCGGCACUGGCACAACACGUACGGCAUGUACAUGCAGAGGGCCACCGCCGAGGGGCUGGAACUCCCUCGGCGGGGGAACGCCAGGGGAGGGGGGGGCGGGGACGGGCGGCCGUUCGUGCUGUCGAGGGCGUUCUUCGCGGGAAGCCAGCGGUGGGGAGCGGUGUGGACCGGGGACAACGCUGCCAAGUGGGAUCACCUCGCGGCCUCGGCGCCGAUGCUGCUGUCGAUGAGCCUGGCGGGGUUGCCAUUCGUGGGCGCGGACGUCGGCGGGUUCUUCGGGGACCCUUCCGCGGAACUGUUCCUGCGCUGGAUGCAGGCGGCGGCGUACCAGCCGUUCUUCCGCUCCCACGCGCACCACGACUCCAAGAGGCGGGAGCCCUGGGUGUACGGGGACCCGUGGACGGCGCGCAUCCGUUCCGUGGUGAUGGCGCGGUACGCGUUGCUGCCGUACUGGUACACCCUGUUCCAGGAGGCUAGCGACACCGGCAUGCCGAUGAUGCGGCCCAUGUGGGUCCAGUACCCCGGCGACGCCAACACGUUUGACAUGGACAACCAGACCCAACACCCCUUACCCUCCCUCCCUCCCCAACGCAGCAAGCAACGCCUGCGUCGGAGUUCCCUCAUGAUGGCGAGCGACCCGUACACCCUGGUGGUGGCCCUCGACGAUGGGGGCCGCGCGGAUGGGAAUCUGUACCUCGACGACGAGGAGUCCUACGACUACCGCGACACGGAGGGGGGCGGCGGGAGGACGACGCGGCGUUUUUCGUUCGAGGGAGGCGUUCUCAAGGGGAGGGUCGUCGAGGGGAGCGGCACCUACAGCCCGGCCAACACGAUCGAGCGCGUGGUGAUCGUGGGCGUGAACGCCGCGCCUUCGUCGGUUACCCUUCACAUGGCCGCCGCGGCGGGAACAGCAUCGUCGCUCGAUUUCACGUACGACGCCCUCACCCGCGUUGUUACCGUACGCAAGCCCGAUGUGUGCGUGGUAGACGACUUCGACCUCACGCUGAGCUUCGCGGCCGGGUCGACCAGCUAAUAGCCGGCACUUUUCUCUGCCAUGCUGCUGCUGGUGCUGCUGCUGUGAUCUUGGCCGCUGACAUCCCUACUACUUGAUAGGGAUUACAGAGUGGCCAAUGUCGACCGUAAAAAGCUGCUGCUGCUUUGUCAGGUCUAUAUCGUGGUUGAUCGACUGCUUGGCAGUGUUUCCUGUCUCUCGGUUGCUUCGUCUUAAAUCUAUGUUUCUUUGUUUUUU